CAUUGUUUGGAUCAAUUCAGUGGUCGCAUACAUUUCAUUUACUUUUAUGUGUUGAUGGCUCAGACUAUAUAAGCCUAGUUACAAGUCCGCUCUCCAAAAACAAACGCUUUGUCGUUUAAAUUUAGGGUUUUUCUAUCGAAGUAGGGAGAUUAGGGUUUACGGUCUGAAUGAUGUCGAACAUGGACUUACCUUUCAGUACUGAUGACACAGCUUUAUUUAAGCCGGACAUGCCACCGACUUCCUCUCCUUCACCUUUAUCCGCACAACCUAGUUCCGCCUUUACGGUGGCUCAGCCGAUCACAGCCGCCAACUCAGGCGAACAGACUAAGCGGAAGCGCGGCAGGCCUAGGAAGUACGCCCCUGAUGCUACCAUGCCUCCUGGAUUGACAUCUCCCCUGCCCCCGCCGCCCCUCCAGGCGCCUGUACAGUCCAGUGGGUUCCCGUCCCCUACUCCUUUGCAGGGGACGGCGGCGUCGUUGCCAUCCUCCGGGAAGAAGUCCAGGGGCAGGCCUCCUGGUUCAGGACGGAAACACCAAGUUGCUUCUCAUGGGUCAGCUGGGAUUGGAUUCACACCACACGUCAUCACAGUAAAAGCUGGAGAGGUGCCCCCCCUGAAUUUUGAUGUAUCUGCAAAAAUAUUUUCGUUUUCUCAAAAUGGUACACGUGCUGUCUGCAUCUUGUCAGCAAAUGGCGCCAUAUCCAAUGUAACACUCCGUCAAGCAGCCACAUCUGGUGGAUCUGUAACUUAUGAGGGCCGAUUUGAAAUCCUGUCUCUUACUGGAUCAUUUCUGUUCUCGGAGUUUGGUGGUCAGCGAAGCAGAACUGGUGGGUUGAGUGUAUUAUUAGCGGGGUCAGAUGGUCAUGUUUUAGGUGGUGGUGUGGCAGGUCUUUUAACUGCAGCUUCCCCUGUGCAGGUAGUCAUUGGUAGUUUUGUUGCAGAAGGUUGAGUGUAAAAAAACCAAGAAUUCAAGUUGAUCCUUUGUCUGGUCUGUCAAAGCAGAACCGCUGUUGGAAGCCCACACCAUCACGUUGAACCAACCCCGAGUGAGCCCUCUGGUGGAUAAGGGAAGCCAUCUUAACCAGGGUAAUGGAGCAUGUAAUAAUAACAUUGCACAAGGCAGGUCUUAACAUGUCCUUGGAAAUGAACAGAUCUACAGAUGAAAAGGUGGCUUUGCUCGCUCCCAAGACACUGUUAUGUGCUGCCUGCCCUCUGUAUCUACUACUACUAUUCAGUUAGAAACCUUGAAAAAUAAAUAAAUUAAAUUAAAUUAAGGGUGUGUAGAUAUAUAGUCAUAAAUUUGUAAUCUAAAUAAAUAAAGAGAUUAUACAAUCCCCCAAGAAUUAGGAAGCUGAUACAUGAUUUUUCUGACUUGUUUCUUUAUUUGUUGUAAAGCAUGGUUGGAUUGGGGAUACACUAUUGUGACAUUUUUAGUUCAAUCAUACUGGCUGGAGUUUUCAAUUCAA